CGCACUGAGCUGGAUGAGUCUCGCGCGCUGCGUUUGCUUGGUGCAGCGAGCUGGGAAGAAGGUCUUGGGAGUUCGUCCCUUUGGUGCAACUAUGCCGGUAGAUUUGAGCGGCUGGGGAGGCUCAUUAAACCUCCCCGAGGUGGAAGACAAGCCGAUGCAACCUCUGCGGGUCCGCUACGGGACGGUGGAAAUCGAGGAGCUCGGUCAAGUGCUUACACCCACCCAGGUUAAGAAUCGGCCGACCCUGAUCGAGUGGGAGAAUUGCAGCCCGGAUAAAUUCUACACUUUGGCUCUUACAGAUCCUGAUGCACCCAGCAGGAAAACCCCCAAAUUCAGGGAGUGGCACCACUUUUUGGUGACCAACAUGAGAGGAAAUGAUAUCACAAGUGGGCAGGUUUUGUCUGACUAUGUUGGAUCUGGGCCUCCCAAAGGAACAGGCCUUCAUCGCUACGUCUGGCUGGUUUACGAGCAGCCCCAGCAGCUGAGUUGCAACGAGCCCAUCCUGAGCAACCGUUCGGGGGACAAACGUGGCAACUUCAAAAUAGCGACCUUCCGCAAGAAAUACAAGCUGGGUUCCCCCAUUGCGGGCACCUGCUACCAAGCCGAGUGGGACGAUUACGUGCCCAAACUCUACGAGCAGCUGUCUGGGAAAUAAAAUCGCCUCUGGUUUCGUGCCCUAGUUCCUCUUCCUUGGAAAUUCUCCCCUUAGAAUAAAUGGCCUGCUUUACUCCGGAUGCAUUACUGAAAACGCAUUCCCAUUGAAUCGGUAACAUGCAUUAAUCUACGUUAAUUCAUUAUAUAGCAGCCUUUAUGGCUUAUGCAACUGGAUUAUACGUUGCAUUGCUACUUUUGAGAAGUUUUGAUCCUGAGUAUAGAAAACACCCAUUUCCUAUAACAUCUUGAUAUUAUCUGAGCAAUUUAGCUGGUUGUGAAGGGGAAUUUCUCCUUCCUUGCCUAAAAAAAGGGGGGCACAAGUGCCAAAGAUUUGGUGUAGGACACGCCAAUCUGCGUUCCUAUAGAGUCAGUGGAAUGAUAACUGCAGUAUUUCUAGCGAGCAAUGGGAUUGUGCAGCUCAAUGCAUCUGGAAGGUCCCAGAGAAAUAGAGAAUAGAAUAGAAUAGAAUAAUUUUAUUUCUAUACCGCCCUUCUCCGGAAGGACUCAGGAUGGUGUACAGCCUAUUAAAAACACAAGACAACAUCAGUUAAAAUAGUUUAAAAUUAUUAAAUAAAUUCGGCUAAAUUUUAAAACUCCAGAAAUUUAAAACCCAAUUUAAAAUUGUUACAUUGAUAGCCCAGCCUGGCGGAACAACAGGGUCUUGAGUGCACAAUGAAAUACCUGGAGGUCGGAGAUCUUACGCACUUCAUAAAUUUAUGAAUAUCAUAAAUUUGGAAUAUAAUAAACAUCUCUUACCGUAAGUUUGAGACGGAGCAGGUUCACCGAGGUUUGCAACCAAAGCAUCCUGUAAAAUCUCUUCCUUCCAGUGAUUUUCCAUCAAAGAGGAAUUUGGCUACGGAUCCCACCCAACUCAACAGUUUGUUUAGAGAUUUUGGUUAUCUCGAUGAACUCUGCUGUUAACUGGAUAUUCUCAUGUUUGUUUUAGAAGGCCGGGAUGGUUCCAGUUGGAUUUCUCUCGUUUUACCGAUAACAUUUCUGGAUAUCGUUGUUGUUUUUCCCCUCCCCUCUAAAUUGCUGUUAAAUAGAGUACAUAGCCACCAUAUUUAGUUAUACUUAAUUCACUGAUAUCGUAGCUGCCCAUUGAGAAGCGAAAGUGUCUGCCUUUAUGGAUUUGCUUUGCUCUUGUUGAGAAGUUUUCCAUUAAAAAUGAGGGUUGCCUUCA